UGCCAACCUUGCGGUUUUUGCCGCAGACAACGCUGCCUAGAACCUCCAUCUGCGUGCUUGACGACAGCACGGAGGCUUCUUGAGCUCACUCCUACGUCGAAAUUCCAUCAAGUCCGAGACUAGUCGCCUCCGUCGGACUUGCGACUAUGGAUCAUGACGAGUCCCCUCCGCGAUCGCCCUUUGCAGGUCAAAAGCGCAAGGUGGAGGAAAUGAGUUCUUCAGACGAAGAAGAAGCUUCAAGGCCCGUGCUUGGGUUUCGAGGCUUUCAGCGUGCUGCUUCGCGCUCAGAAUCCCCCCCAACAAUGAGCGGUUUGGGAGGCGGGGCUCGUCGUGGUGCCUGGAACAACAUGUCAAACCCAUCCGUUGGGACACCGAAUCGCGGGGCUGGAGGGGCUGGAAAUAAAUCAGGAUCUACGAUGGGAGGAAAUUCAUUUGCAGCGAGAAUGAUGGCAAAGAUGGGCUAUGUGGAGGGCCAAGGUCUGGGCUCGACUGGUCAGGGUAUUGUCAACCCAGUCGAAGCACAGGCUCGUCCGCAGGGUAUCGGUCUCGGCGCCGUCAAGGAAAAAUCAAAACAAGCUAGAGAAGAAGAAAGGCGGCAAGCUGCUGCUCGAGGCGAAGUUGUGGAGGAUAGUUCAGAUGAAGAGCGUAAACGACGACAGAGGAGAAAGGCGCAACAGCGUAAAAUGGACGGUCGCAGUGGAACGAGUACGCCGGCUGGCCCACCAAAACCACGAUUCAGGACAGCUCGUGAGAUGGAAGCAGAAGCGGAGGGGCUAGAUGUGCCCAGUGUGCUUAUGUCGCUGGUUGACGCUACAGGGAAGGAACAAAAGGUCUUAACAUCUACUGCAGGAUUGAUGACGCCGAUGCAAUUCGUGAAUAAAGAAGAAGGGGAAGCGCUGAAGAUUGCCCGUCGUGCACGACAUGACCUAGAGGCUUUCGUUGAUGAGUGGAAAGGUCUUACUGAACGAAAGAAAUUCAUUGAAUUCGAAGAGAGCCAGGUUGUCCACGAGAUCGAUGCCCAGCAACUAAAGGCAGACCAACUAACCCAGUUAGUAUCAGCUCUCAGUGGCCUUGAGGUAUCCAAAAAUGAAGGCGACGUCUCACGACUUUUUGAAGAGGUUACAAGUAAACUUGAAUUGAUCGAAGCGGAGCAUCGAGAAGUGAUUGACGAGUAUCGCCUAUCGGACGCAGCGGUAGCAGCUAUCCACCCUCUCUUUCGCCGAGCCAUCGAAGAAUGGGAGCCAUUACAAAAUCCUACAUAUCUUGUUGCUGAACUGCGACGUUUACAGCCUCUUCUUAGUCGAAAUCGGUCGCAAGCAGGAAGUGAAGAGCAGCAUCGGCAAUCGACAACCCCAUACGAAACCCUGAUCUACUCAAUAUGGCUACCCCGGGUACGUUCUGUUCUAUUGAACGAAUGGGAUGUUUAUGAACCUUCGCCUGCCACUUCACUUAUGGUUGCAUGGAAAGAAGUAAUCCCAACAUUCGUAUUCGCAAAUAUACUCGACCAAGUGAUAGUUCCCAAACUCAGUACGGCUAUUAAAGAGUGGAAACCUCGUAGUAGCCGACGCCACCCCAAUGCCUCCCAGCAAAACUCUCGUUUUCCAUGGUGGCUAUUCACCUGGCUACAAUAUCUAGACGACCGACACACAAACCCCAAGCAACCAACUGGUCUGCUAUCGGACGUAAAACGCAAAUUCAAGAUUCUUUUAGAUACAUGGGAUCUGCAUAAAGGCUUGUUUGGCGGCAUCGAACUCUGGAAAGAGGCACUCGGAUCUGAAUUCGAUGUCGCGCUUCAAAAUCACUUACUCCCCCGACUAGCAAGGUACCUACGAGAAAAUUUCGAAGUCAACCCACAGGAUCAAGACCUGGCCGCGUUUGAAGAUGUCCUCAAGUGGAAGGAUUUUUACAAGCCUAAGGUUUUCGGAUUACUUCUCGUCGCUGAAUUCUUCCCUAAAUGGCACAACAUUCUAUAUGUUUGGCUGACGAACGAGCCCAACUUCGAAGAAGUCGGCGAGUGGUUCACCUGGUGGCGCUCACAGGUUCCUUCGGAACUUAAUGAAAUCGUGGCCGUCGAUGACGAAUGGACAAAGGGGCUAAAGAUGAUGGACCUAGCUUCUCAACUGGGUGAGCGCGUUGCAACAGAACUUCCACCGCCUGAAACGAUCACUCAAGCGCCACCAGCGCCAGGUGCAGGCGGUCUUCAACCAGACAAGGCUAUUCCAGCAGCCGUAGCCAAACCAAAACAACCGGCCACAGAAAUCGCUUUCAAGGAUAUUGUCGAAGACUGGUGUGCAGAACAAGGCCUCAUUAUUCUUCCCUUGCGAGAAGCCCAUCCGCAAAACGGUCUACCUUUGUUCCGUAUUACUGCUAGUGCGAGUGGGAAAGGGGGUGUUGUUGUUUUCUUGCAAGGCGACGUUCUCUGGGCACAGAAUCGUAAAGCACGGGAUACUUGGGAACCGAUCGGAUUGGAGGAUCGGUUAGUAGAACGUGCUGAGGGUAAAUGAUCAAGGAAAUAAAUGUGUAUAAAGGGUCACCUCCUUUAAUACCUAUUGUAUAGAUAUUUCACCGACAAUAGUCACUUUCAAAUGUUAUAAGAUACCAAUGUCAA